AUGGACGGGGGCAGCAGCCUCAACAUCCUCUACAUCGACACCUUGGAAGCCAUGGGAAUCCCGCGAGCCUGCUUGCGGGAAUCUCAUUUCCCCUUCUACGGCAUCCUGCCGGACAUGAAGGGAGCGUACCAGGCCAUCUUCAGGCGCCCCGCCUACGCCAAGUUCAUGGCGGUGCCCAACUACACCGACAUCAAGCUCAAGCUGCCGGGCCCGAACGGGGUCCUCACCGUGAGCGGCUCCUUCGAGCAGGCCUACGUCAGCAGCCGCGAGUACUUCAACCUCGCCACCACUGCGGCGAACUUAGCUGAGCUUGGCCAGCUUCGCACCACCACUCCCGAGUGCCGUCCUAACCCUGGCAAGCCUAGCCAGGCACUGGCCUUCGUCUCAACCGACGAGACCAAGACGGUCGUGGUCGAUGACGCCGAUCCAACCAAGAUGGUGCGGAUCGGCUCCCAGCUGUCGGCCAAAUAG